AUGUUUUCUUCUGGAUUAAAAAAUCUAUUGAAAACAUGCAUUCAUACACUAUGGAAAUUAGUUCAAUUACUAUUAUUUGUUAUUAUUGUGCCACCAUUGAUUAAUUACGCAUCAUUAAAACGUGAAGCGCCUUUACUUGGACAACAUGGUUUACCAUAUGAUAUUGGCUUUGGUCAAAAAUUGUUUUUACGUUGUCGUGGAAAGGGUGCGCCAACGGUUAUUUUUGAUGCUCCCACUGGCAUGACCUCAGAUAUUUGGCUUCCUCUUCAAGAAAAUCUUCAGAGGACAACAACAGUAUGUAUCUAUGAUCGAGCAGGAUUAGGAAUGAGUGAUCCACCAUUAGGUUCGACGAUUCAACAAAAAUCCGAUGUCAAAGAAAAUGAACCCACGAAAUAUCGUGGUAUGGAUUUCACGGUAGAAAAAAUGUCCGAAGAUUUGAAUCGCCUUAUGACUGCUACUAGUCAACAGCCAAAACCAUUUAUUCUAGUCGGUGCUGAUCUUGGUGCUAUCGUAGCUCGUUUUUAUACUCAAAUGUAUGAAUUUGAUGUUAGUCAUUUAUUUUUAAUUGAUCCUUUGGUUGAAAAUUUAUUCGAUAAUGAACAUUGGAAGGAUCAUUGGUACAAUAAAAUAAUUCCACGACUUCAUGCUAUGCAAUUGUCAGCAGCUAUGGGUGUUAAUCGAAUACUUGUCUUGACACGUAUGAUUAAUACUCAAUUGAGUACGACGGCAUCUAAUAAUAUAGAUGAUACCAAUAUAAAUAUCAAUCACCGACAGAAACAUUUACUUUGCAAUGCUGCUCAUAUUAGCUCAGCUAUUCGAGAGCAUUUUUACAUGAAUGAAACAUUUUCACAAAUGAAGUUAGCCUGGCGAAUGAAAGCUUUUUCUUCAAAUGCAUCAGUGACUAUUGUUAAUCGUCGUCAAUAUGAUAAAGAUCUCUCGAAAAAUUUAAAUCAAGCAUGGGACGAAUCACAAGAAUUUCUACGUACGCAAUUAUUUCGUAAUCGAAUUCAACAUCGUCUUAUUGAUUCGACCGAUAAAUAUUUUUUCUUCAACAAACCUGAUCUACUAGAAUCAAUAAUUAAAGAUUCAAUAAAUCAAUGGCGAGAACAAAAAGGACUUGCAUGA